UACGGAACAUGAAGCCGGGUAAGCUGCUUCUCAUAUUCCUGUCCACAGUCUGUUAUGCAGCCAGAGCUGUACGCAACAAUACGACUGUUUGUCGAUCUGAGGAAGAUGUCGUUGUUUCGGUUAUGAAGGAUUACAACAGGCAUGUAAGGCCAUGUCUUAGUUUGAAGGAACCAAUGGAAAUAAACAUAGUGUUCAGCUUGAUGAAUAUUAACGAACUGGACGAGCUAACAGGGAAAUUUUCUGUCAUGGGAUUUUUCUACAUAUCCUGGUGGGACCCCAGGAUACAGUGGGAACCGAAAAGGUACCAUAACGUCCGAAACAUAUUUCUCCCGCAAACUCUGGUUUGGAGACCUUCAAUUUUCCUGACAAACUCCUUCUCCAAACAUCGUAACCUCGGGAAUGAUGAAAUGAUUAUUCAUUAUACGUCUUCCGGACACGCAGCCUGGAAUCCUGGUGACGUCAUUGAGACCGUUUGCGAUGUGGACGUUGUGAAUUUUCCUUUCGAUGUCCAAGUCUGUAAGUUGACCUAUGUCACUUGGGGAUAUUCUUUAACUAAAAUGAAUUUCAAACUCCUCUUUGAUAAAGUGAAUCUUAAGUAUUUCUCCCCACACGGUGUUUGGGAUGUUCUUGAAACGUCAGCUUUCGCGCAAUCUGAACACAACAUGGACUACGUGCAUUUUGUGGUAAAAUUAGGGCGAAGGUCGAGAUUCUUCUUAAUCAACAUGUUAGUACCUGUCCUGAUGUUGGGACUUUUGAAUAUAUUCGUCUUUGUUAUUCCCGUUGCCCAUGGUGACAGAAUAGCCUACACCCUCUCUGUUCAUUUAGCAAUCAUUGUCUUUCUAACGCUUGUAUCCGGAAAUCUUCCGCAAACGUCCAAGCCAAACAUUUCCCUUAUCUGUUACCUACUCUUAGCAAACGUUUUCCUCUCGGCAUUUAUCAUUAUCUUCACCAUCAUCGGUCUGCGAAUUCAUCGCAAAUCAACAAAAGAAGUCCCCAAGUGCAUCAAGAACUUUAUAUGUACUUUUCGCAAAGUUGAAGAAACACAAAAUGAAAAAAGUGAAAAACAUGACAUCACGUGGAAAGAUGCGGGGAAGUAUUUUGAUCGAUUGUGUAUUUUUCUUUUUGUGUCGGCAUUCAUUUUUACAAAUUCGACAUUGCUCCUGAAAAUGAGUGGCUCAAUAUAGCGAAUACAUGAACGCUAUGUGUUGGCAUAGAACAAAACCCACCAUCAACAACCAAGUCCGGAACAGUUUACACCUUAAUGAAGAUGUCUUGUUUCGUAUCGUCGGUGGCGUGGAGGCUUUGAUAUUAUUACCUAUAUGUGAUUAUUAUAUGGAGCUUUGUUAUUUUUCUAAGUGGAUUUCGUAUUUUCAUUAACCAUGAACUGGAAACAAUUAACUCAUUUCUGGACACGUUAAUGUACAGUGUAUGUCGUCAAUUUCAACCAUGUUUCUUACUUGUGAAUAAUCGUGAUCAAUUAUAACAAGAUAAAUUCCUUCCU